ACGUGCACAGACGACGACGACGACUACGACCACGACCUAACGGCCAGAAAUAAGCAAAAAUUAUUUAGCUAACAAUCGUCGAAAGGGACACUAAGGAUUACCCAGCCGAUGAUUUGCAUUUAAACGAGCGCAUAUAUAGCGGAUGCAUAUAUAUGCAGAAUACGAGCAGUGUUAAUUCUAAUUUUUCCUAAUUGUUCAUAAUUACGGGAAAGUUGCGAAGAAAAAAAAGGAGAAUUUAUGACGUGGCUAAAGUUCUAACCGCGCUGGAAACUCGAGGAUAAUUUGUUGCAAAGAUUAUUAUGGGGCGGCUAACAAUUUGGUUCCUGUUGGGACUAACGUUACUCGCCAUCUCCGAUCAUGUUGGGUUUGUCAAUGCCGAUGUCGGACCAAGCGAAUCUGAAUGUCGACCCUACAUUGAAAAGGCCAUAAAUGAAUUGAAAACAGAUGGUGUCAAAGAUGGCUCUGGGGAACUGCAAUCCGAUCAGCCCCGUAGGGACGACGACGAUGACGACGACGAUGAUGGUGGGAUAGAUGCGGUUGAUGAGAAAGAAACUGUUGAAAUUGAAACUGUCGAAUUGGAUUCCACAGAGGACGCGAGAAGCGCCAACGAUUUAGAUGGCGAUGGUAUACCUGAUGACGAGGACGAUGAUAUUGAUGGGGAUGGUAUACCGAACGAUAAGGAUGAUGAUAUUGAUGGCGAUGGCAUACCGAACGAAGAUGACGAUGACAUGGAUGGCGACGGUGUGCCCAACGAAGAUGAUGACGACAUUGAUGGCGAUGGUGUGCCCAACUCCAAGGACGAGGACAUAGACGGCGAUGGUGUUCGCAAUGCCGAUGACGAGGACAUUGACGGUGAUGGUACAGUAAAUCACGAGGAUGAUGAUCUGGAUGGCGAUGGCACUCCCAAUCACGAGGAUAAUGACUUGGAUGGCGAUGGUGUGCCCAAUGACGAAGAUGAGGAUAUGGAUGGAGAUGGCACAGUCAACCACGAGGACGAAGAUCUUGAUGGAGAUGGUGUUCAGAAUGAUGAAGACGAUGACAUCGAUGGAGAUGGAAAAGUGAAUCAUGAGGACGAAGAUCUUGAUGGAGACGGCGUGAGGAACGAAAAGGAUGAGGACUUGGAUGGAGACGGCAAAGCGAAUAUUGAGGAUGAAGAUUUGGAUGGUGAUGGCGUGCCCAAUGAAAAGGAUGACGAUCUGGAUGGGGAUGGCAUCCCGAAUGAACACGACAACGAUGUCGAUGGUGAUGGAGUGCCAAACGAACACGAUGACGAUGAUAGCCAGGCUGAAGACGAUGACGACGACGAUGAUGAUGAUGACAAGGCGAAGGUCAAGAAGCGUAGCAAGCGUGAGGUUGAUGCCGCUCCAGUCAUCGACAUUGAAGCGCCCCCAAGUCCUGCCGAGGAAUUCCCAAUCGAAGAAGAAAUCAUCAAAGAGGAAUCUGUCGAGGUGGAGGCCGAACCAGAGCCAGAGAAGGAGUCAGAGCCAGAACCAGAAGUUGAGGUUGUGAAAGAGCAGGAGCCAGAGCCAGAACCAGAAUCAGAAGUUGAGGCUGUGAAAGAGCAGGAACCAGAGCCAGAGCAGCCCGUCGAACAGGCGCCAGCUGAAGAGGAGUCUGCAGAAGUGGAAGCCGCAGCUCCACAGGAACCAGAAGCAGCCAGUGAGGAUGCCGUAGAGUCUGAGCAGACUCAGGAUGAGCCCCAGGCAGCUGAAGUCCCUGCUGAUGCAGCCGCUGACACUGGCGACGAGGAUGACACUAAACCUGAGGAUGAACUUCUCUGGGAAGGUACAAUCCCCGAGAACCGCCGCAGCCGUCAGCACAUCACAGAGCUUCUGCUGCUGGACGAAGAGUUCAAUGCUCGCGAGAAGGCCACCGACAAUGUGGCCGAGAUCAUUCUGAGGGACAUCAAGCGCAUCUAUGAGAACGCCAUUAAGCCGCUGGAGACCCUGUACAAGUACCGCGACCUGAGCAACCGUCACUUCAGCGAUCCGGAGAUCUUCUCCAAGCCGCUGGUGCUGUUUAUGGGUCCCUGGUCCGGUGGCAAGUCCUCGAUCCUUAACUAUUUGACCGACAACGAGUACACCCCCAACUCGCUGAGAACGGGUGCCGAACCCUCUCCGGCCUACUUCAAUAUUCUGAUGUGGGGCAAUGAGACGGAGGUUCUGGACGGCACUCAGCUAGCCGCCGACUACACGUUCUCCGGACUGCAGAAGUUCGGCCAGGGCCUGGAGGAGCGUCUACGCGGUCUGAAAAUGAAGAGCAAGCUGCUCGAGAAGGUCAACAUCGUCGAGAUACCCGGCAUUCUAGAGGUGCGCAAGCAGGUCUCCCGCGUCUUCCCCUUCAACGAUGCCUGCCAGUGGUUCAUCGAUCGCGCCGACAUCAUCUUUCUGGUCUACGACCCAGCCAAGUUGGAUGUGGGCCCCGAGACGGAGGCCAUACUCGACCAGCUGAAGGGGCGCGAGUACCAGACGCGCAUCAUCCUCAACAAGGCGGACACCGUCCAUCCGGAGGAGCUGCUGCGUGUGCAGGGCGCCCUCAUUUGGAACAUCUCGCCGCUGAUGUCGUCGGCCCAGCCGCCACUCAUGUACACCACCUCGCUGUGGACGCAUCCCUACCAGGAUGGCGCCCCGGCCCGCCUGCUGCUCGCCCAGGAGCGCGCAUUCCUGCGCGACCUUCGCACGGCCAUUGACAAGCGCAUCGAGCACAAGAUCUCCAGUGCCCGACGAUUUGCUGUGCGCGUGCGCAACCACGCCAAGAUGGUGGACUGCUAUCUGAACACCUACUUCAACCACAAGACGCUGUUCGGCAACAAGAAGCGCAUCUCGGACGACAUCAUUGAUCAUCCGCAGAACUACCACAUCUACGAGGGUCUCUCCACGCUGACCAACAUCUCGCGCUACGAUCUGCCCGAUCCGGAGGUAUACCGCGACUUCUUCCGCGUCAAUCCGCUCUACGAGUUCAAGAAACUGUCGGAGACGUGCACCUACUUCCGCGGCUGUCCCAUCAACAAGCUGGACCAGGCCAUUUCCUACGAGCUGCCCGAGCUAGCCGGCAAGUACAAGAAGAUGUCCGAGGCGGCACUGGCCAACAUCGAGGCACAGCAGCAGCAGCAGCUGCAGCAACAACAACAACAGCAGCAGCAGGCGGCGGUGGGACAUGGCUCGCAGGCUGAUCCCAAAAAGACGAGUUGAGGUGUUGUUUCUCCCUCGGAGGAGAAAACCUGCCAUUUAGUUUGUUUUAAUGAGAGAUAGAGAGAAUGUGACAACGACAUCGGCACCGGUGACCGUCUAUUGAGAAUUACGAAAGCGAUAGAGAGAGAGACAGCAGAACGGAGAGAUAUGUUUAUCAGGAGUAGAGAGAGAGAGGACAUAUUCAGGGCCGCAAAUAUGAGAGAAUAUAUAUCAAUAUUUCUUUAUAUUUUUUUUGUUUGUAGGAGAACAACAGCGCAAGACAGAAGACAGAACCGACGAGAGAGCACUUUGAAAUUUGAAAUAGCAACGGUUGCUACGAGCCCAUGUUUGGCCUUUAGUGAAUUUAUUAAUUACAACCGAUUUGCAAUAGAAUCUUUAUUUUGAAUACUUAACCGAACUGAGAGCCGUAUGAGAGGGAAAACCAAUUACACAAUGAGAGCAAACAGACAGACAAAUACACACACACACACACACAGCAAACUUGUACUUGUUUUGGAGCAGGGAAGAGAGAGGAGGCAAUAGGAGUCCUUACAAUAUAUAUAUAUCUGAGCAGAUCAACAAUUAACUAUUAACUGAGAGCAAGGCGCACCGCACCGCACUAUCGACGAUAUCUAACCACAGCCCCCGCCACACCAACCCAUCCCUUCCUCAUUGGCUAACAUCCGUUUAAAAUUCCCAAUUCCUAGAUUUUUUGUCCACCUUUUUUAAGUAGUAGAGAACAGCAGCGUAGCGCAGAGUUUUGAGAUUUGAGCACACAGGCAAAUAUUGUUAAUGUUUUUUAAGUUUUUGGUUUUUGGUUCUUUGGUUUUGAGCAAACUCCCCGACGAUGUCGUAGUUGAUAAGACUUUCUUUGAUAAAAGCAAAAACACAGUGAAGACGAUAAUAACACAAUUCUAACAGACCAACGUAUAUUUAUUUAUUCAUGAAUGACCUAAGCAAAUGUGAGAUAAACAGAAAAUGUUGAAGAGCAGGACGAAAGAAGCGUAUACUUUAAUUAAAUACAAUCAAUUUUACGAAAACUGAGAAUCUACGUAAAAUGAACUGUGAGAGCGGGUGAAAUACACAAGUGAAUAAAAACAACAGAAAACCCCAAGCAAUUAUAUCUUUUAAUACAGAAGAAAAAUUGGGGCCUGCCUUUUUUAAUUAUUUUUAUAAAUUUCGAAAUAAAACUUUAACCGCU